AUGGCCAACGCGUUGGAGAAUAGAUGUCCGGCCUGCACGGAUCCAGGCAAACUGACUUGUGCGGGCUGUAAGAAUGUCAAGGUGAGUCCCAAAUACCAUGCAAUAUCCUUCCAAACUGAUGAAUAUCAGUACUGCUCCCCAGAAUGCCAACAAUCAGAUUGGCAAUUUCAUCGCUCCCUCUGCAGAUCUUAUCAAUCCUUCCUCCCCCAAUGUCGUCCCGAUGAGAGCAUGCGGAGGGUCAUUUACUUCCCACCAAACGAGAAGAAACCCGAAUUCCGCUGGCUAUCCGUCUGGAACGCGGAAGACUGCCAAGAGGUCCAAUAUCAACCUCUCCUCGACGCCGGAACCGGAUCCAAGGCUCUACCGGAGACCCAACAUAUUCAAGAAAACAAACUGAUCAAUUUUGAUCUCGGGAAAAGACGGAUCAACCUGGUCUUUGACGACAUGUUCUUCCAGAAGUAUACGAAAUCAAAUCAAGCAGCGCGAACGGCAACCAAUGGCAGAGCUGGCUCCGAAUGGCGAGGACCCAUGAUUGCUUUUGCCGGUGAAGUUGAUGAUCCGGUAGGAUGUGAGUGCUAUCAUAAGAUGAUCAAGGCGCUGGAUAUCGAGAUGAGGGACUUUAGUGAUUUGGUGAGCCACAUGAUCUACUACGGACGAGAGGAUGAAUGUGGGAAAUUGCGGAAAGGUGGGAAAAUUCUGGCUAUGAAGAUGAAUUGUGAUGCCGAGAGGAUGGAGGACGGAGCGCCAUUUACGCAAGUUGUCAAGGUUCCGAGACUGCAUCCUGUUUUUGAAGGUGGUGGUGAGGUCUGUGGCAUCUCCAAGGUAAGCUUUCUCUCCCACGUGAAGAAGACCUACGAAAUCAAGGACACUGAUUGUGUGGUCCCUAUGUCAGCUCGUCGAUAUGCCUCUACUGUUGUGCAAAUACCCCGACAAGCGAUAUCGAACCGUCCCCAACAACGAAAACCGAGUGAACCAUUGCGUAACCUGGAUGCAGCUGAAUGUGGAUCCUCACAGUGACAAGUUUGGCUGGGCAUUUGGAUGGUAUUCGAUCCGCCAGACCGUGCCAAUCAAAGCCUCUUCACUAACAUGGUGUUUUGUAGGAUGGGAGGCCAGGUCCCAAACGUUCUCGUAGCCAGAGCAGACCGCAAACCACUCUCCGAGGACGUCCUACGAGCUUUUGCAGAUUUCUGCUCCGACAAGAUCCAACCUCUCUUUGAAGCCGCGUUGGAGAGCGGAUCGCAGAGGCGGAAGCAGGCUGCUGUGAAUUCCGUCACGCCGACCAAAUGGAACUUGUACCUCAGGGUAAGGGCCUCGAUUCUGCUCUGCGAAGAUUAGGCAUGGGCUAAUGAAUUUGGAAUAGGAUUACUUACGAUUCCCCCGUGGUGAGGCGAUGGGUUCCUAUGUACCCGAUACCACCGACUCGCCUGGCUCCGAGGACAGCCAGGGGUCCCCCAGCAGCAUCGAGAGUGCAAGGUUUGUGUGAGAUGAAUCUUGCUUGUAGCUCAUGUGGCGUUGGGUGGCUGUUUCGGAUCUCUUAAAUUGUCAUAAACGGCCAGCGUGUUCGAGUAGGAGUCUGUUCUGAUGCGGCGGAAGAUGAAAGUUCGUGAUCGUGAUAUGGAGUCUUGGCGAAAUUUCCUCGCAUCAGCAUUCUAGCAAGUCGUUCUCUCUGUUAGCCUAGCCAAGGAAAGUACGUUUCCUAUUCUCCGAUCAUGCUGACUUCGCAUUGAGUGGCGGGCGGCUUCAGGCUGGGUUGCGAAGUCAGACGAAGUUUCAGCAAGACUAAAUUUCAUGCAUCAGGAUGCGAAUGGAAGCUACUUUCAGCUGAUCGUCAAGAAGUUAGGUGAAUAGGUGUACCUCACAGCGACGCACGCCAGCAAACGCCACUUACCUCGGUGUUAGAGCUUCACGCUCCUACACAAACUGCCUUUCAUUCGAACAUCGGCGACGCACCAUACCCUGGCGUUAGCCCCGUCCGACACCGUCGUGACAUAUCUCGGCUGCAAAACAUUGCAAGAAAUGUACUCAUCACAUCAUAAAGGCCACGAGCAGCACUUCAACUACGAGCUGUUGCUCCAACUGCUACGUUCCGGCCACUCCUACGUGUCAGCACUGUAAAGAGACCCAUGACUGCCCCAAAGCGUGCCAGCAAACUGGCCCUCUCACAGGCCACUCUGCAAGACAUUCGCAGACCGCAGACUUUCAAGACCGGCCGAACGCAAGUCUACGCCGAGCAGUCUUCUCCCAACACUGAGGGUAAGGUUCCCGUUUCGCUGGCUUCCUAUCAGUAUCAAGGGUGGCGAUGGCUUUCAAACUUUGGAAUAUAA